AUGGACGAUGAAAUGGGUAAAGGACUUCAGAUGAAAAGUCAAGACGAGUUAAUGGACGUACAAGAAGAGAUUUGGAAGGAACAUGAGGAAUUUGACAAUUUAAAUUCUAAUUUUGCUGAAAGAUUAGAGGAAGUAAAUAAGAGAUCAAGCUUGUCAGAGAAGAAAAAGAAAAGGAAAAGCGGUAGAUAA